AUGGAAAACCUGACGUACAACAGCAUAAUUUUGCAACUAGAAGGGCUGAAGGUAUCCGAGGAGUUUGUGUACCCUGUUUUUCUAUUCUUCCUUAUUUUUUACAUCAUAGUUAUGGUGAUGAACUGUGGUAUGGUUAUUCUCAUAGCAGGACAGAGAAGUCUCCACGAACCAAUGUAUCUGCUGUUCUGCAACUUGACUUUCAAUGAUAUCUUUGGUAAUUCCAUCACGGUCCCUAGGCUGUUGUUGGACCUUUUAAGGUUGCCGUCCGAACGCAUUAUCAGUUACGCAGAAUGCGCCGUGCAGGCAUUCUCUACUCACACGUAUGCAACAACCUCCCAUACCAUACUGAUGAUAGGCCUCACACUGAGGCUUAACCGAUGCAGAACCUUUGUAUCAAAUCCUUUUUGUGAUAAUGCAUCUAUGUUUAAGUUAUCUUGCGAGGAUGUGUCCAUUAAUAAUCUGUAUGGUUUAAUAUUUACAGUGCUGCUGAUGGUCUCUUCCAUGGGAAGUGUUGCACUUACGUACAUUAAAAUAACUGCUGUUUGUUUGACAACCAAGAGCAAAACUUUAAACAGUCGGGCAAUUAAAACCUGCAGCACUCACUUGACAGUGUAUUUGAUUAUGCUUCUCAGUGGCUUUGCUAUUGUAAUACUACAUCGCUUUCCUGCAUAUUCAGAUUACAGGAAACUUGCUGCCCUGUUAUUUCAUAUCAUUCCUAGUACUUUAAAUCCUGUCAUAUAUGGCUUGCAGUGCACUGAGCUUAGACAUGCGCUAAUACAGAUUUUGUGCAUAAAGAAAAUAAAUCAGAGAAAGAUGUUCCCAAAUUAA